AUGAUGUAAAGAGAAAGAUGUAUGACUAAAAUCCUAAUAAAAUUAUAUAUAUAAAGAAAAGGAUUACAAUAUUGUCACCACAAGAUGCUACAGAAGUCAAAUUAUUUAGGGAGGAGAAUUAUAAUAUAAUAAUUGGAGAAAGAAUAUUGAAAAUAGUCCUCUUGAUUUGAGUAUGGGUUAUUAAAGUUUACGUAAUACUCAAUGUAGUUAUUGUACUUUGUUGAAUGGUUAUCCAAGACAUUUUGGUUAUAUUCCAUUAUAAUUGCCAAUUUAUUAUUUGAGUUUUUUACUCAUGUUGUAAAUUGUUUGAAAUGUUUGUGUUAUGUAUGUGAUUAUAAAGAAGUCUUUAAAAAUGUUGCUAAGUAAGAUUGACAUUAAAAGAGACAAAUAUAUUAAUAUAAGCAAUGUUACAUUGUGUUUAAAAACACCAUCUUAUAACAUAUAAUUAAAGAUUUUCAAGAAGGUUCUAAAGGAAUAUUGAUCAAAUCAAUAAUAUCCUCAUUGCCUUUUUUGAAUAGAUUGGGAAUGCAAAGAAAUUAAGUAAAGUUGAUGCAAGUAUGAUUCUAUUAGAAAAUAUGGAUAUUAAUGCAUUUUAUGCUUGGAAUCUAAAAACAGCAUUAUAUCUUGCUUUGUAUUAAUUAAAUGAGUAAUUUGAUCUACUCAUUUCAAUUAUACCUGCUCCUCAAGCAAAAUGCUAAGUAAAACAAUAAAUGCAGAUAUAGGAUGAAUUAAAAAUGAAUUUGAAAAUUAUACUUUAUCAUAAUGAUUUGGAAUAGAAAUAAACAAAGGAAGGGAAGGAUGGAAUUUCAAUUCUAAAAAUAAAAUUGUUAACAUAAACACAUUAUUUUCAUUAUUUCAAUAGAGAAACACUUUGUUUACCACAAUUCUCAAGCCAAGAUGAAAAGGUCGAUUAUGCAAUUUAUCAAAGACUUAAAGGUAAGAGAGGAAGACUAAGAGGUAGUUUAUCUUGUAAAAGAGCAGAAAUUACAGCACGUUCAAUAAUCUCACCAGAUCUUAAUUUAGGAUGA